CUUCUACCUCUCUUCCUUUUUAUUUAUCUGUCUCUCUCUCUCUCUCUCUCUCGCCACCGAUCAUCACGAGAGCCACCACCGCCCUCGAAAUCAACGUCAUCCGCCGCUUCUUUUGAUCUCUCUCUUUCUCAAAAGAUGCAUGCGUUGCUUGAUUGCGGAAUUCUGAGAAGUUCCAAUUCAAUCGAUUGAAAAGAAAAAGCUGAUUUUGGGAUCUAUCACCAGCUAUGGAUCGGAAACGUUGAGAUUGAUUUUAACCCAUUUGCAUACCGACGUUUCUGGGUUUUGAUUGAUCUGUGUAAAUUUUGGUGCUUUUUUUUUGAGCUAUAUCAUGAGCAGUAGUGUUCAAGGAGAGACAAUGGAUCUUGAUUUGAAUCAAGAACCAUCUUCUGAUUCUGAGUCUCCGGCUAGUUUGAUGACGGAGCUUUCUCCUUGGUUAAAUGAGAUUGAAUCUGCUCAAGAACGGAUUGAAGAACGCAUUAGAGAGCUCGAAGCUAUAGUUUCAAGAAUCAGGGGACGAGAAACUACAACAACAACAGCAACAACAACACCGGCUUUGGUCUCGCCUAACGAACAUAGAGAUUCAACUGCUGGAGUUAUACAUGAGCGUUCUAGAGAGAGACUUGUGGAGAACGGCGAAAACAAGACUUAUUUGAUAGCAAAGGCAUUGAACAUGGAGAAGACAAGUUCUGUUCCUGGUGGGUUCUUUGACUGCAACAUAUGUUUAGAGAAAGCUGAAUCUCCUAUUUUGACUUGUUGUGGUCAUUUGUUCUGUUGGGGUUGUUUCUAUCAGCUGCCUUUGAUUUACUUAAACAUAAAGGAAUGUCCGGUUUGCGAUGGAGAAGUGACAGACGCUGAGGUGAUUCCGAUAUACGGUAAUGGAGAUGAUUGUGUUAGUACUAAACCCAAGUUUGAAGACUGUGGUAUUACUCUACCUCCAAGGCCUAAUGCUAAAAGAGUUGAAAGUGUUCGUCAAAAGAUCAUAAACCGAGGGAUUCCUUUCAUCCAUGGGCACGAUCACGAAACUAUCGAACAUAUUAGGAGAACUAUUGACUCCAUAGGACUACACGCGUUAGCUCAAGGCGAGGAGUUUGGUUUGACAAACAUAAUAAACAAUGGAGGAGACAAUAGUGGGCAACAACAACAACAACAUCAUCAUCUGGCUUUAGGACCUUUGAGGUUAAUGACACCAUUUGCUAGUUUCCCAGGUCUUGUAGUUGAUACCUCGGACAUAACCCCCUUUGAUGAUGAUGCUUUUGAUGUUGAUAGUUUUGUUGACACAACUAGUCUGAGAAGAAACCGUAGAAGACCUUCACCAGCGGUACGAGCCUCUGCCUCUUCUUAUCAGAGAAACCGAAGUAACAAUGAUUCUCAGACGAUUUCGUUCAGGCUCGGUUCUACAGCUUCAUCAUCACAUAGAGGGUUUGCUGUUCCGAGCUCCUCCAUUGCGACGAGAAGCCAAGCUGUAAAUCCGACUGAAGUGGUUACUUCGGGUACUUCUGCUUCAUCGUCUAGGAGAAGAACAGAAGAUGUAAACAAUGGACCUCGGACCAGGUCUAGAAGGAGGCUGAGGUAACUGUAAUAAAACCUUCGCCAGAAUCUUGACACCCUCGUCUGAUUUUGGACUGUUGCUGAAUUUCCUUCAUUACUAAAAACCACAUUUGACACACCAUGUCUGUCUGAUGUAUGUAUGCACAUUCUAUGUGUCCUUGUAAUUUCUGCUAGCCUCUUAAACUUCUCGAUAUCAUAGCUUUGUUUUUUUGGGAAAAUAAUUUAUAUAAUAACUUAA